CUGGCAUGAAAUUGAGUGGGAGCAUUUCAAGUCCUGUUAGACCCAUCUUAGAGAUUCCCAUCUCUAAGAACCAGGCUGCAGAAAGAGCCAAGCACUGAGAACUCCUGUAGCUAAAUGAGAUGCACACCACCUACCCAUCUUUUCCAGAUUCUAUAUUUUUGGCAAAGGUAGCUUUCAGUUUUGCCAGGGUCUCCACAGAUUUUCCUGUGUCAGAGCUGUCCAAAAAAUACAGCUCCCUACUUGCUUGUCCACAUCCCACCAGCUGACUGCCAAACACCUGUGCCUAGCAGACGGAAUUCCCUAGCUCUCCACAUUAAAUCGAGGAGGAAUCCCUUGCUGACUUAUCCCACCACCUUCCUACACUUCCCUGAUUGAAGUGGGCAGAAUUAAAAGUUGAGGCCUCUCCUGAAGUUGCAUUAAAGGGCUGCCUCAUUUUCCCAUACACCCUGAGCUUGCUGCUAUGUAAAAAUGCUUUAGGCUGUAGAGCUGCCUGUCAUUUUGGACUGCCUGUCCCACCUUAUAAUCUAUAUUAUUACCUAUGUCUAACACCAUCUAUUCCCCAUAGAAAGGGUUAUAUAUCAGCAGAUCUUCCAAAGAAUAUCUCUCAUAUAGCACAGUUUGAAGUUCCAGGAGGGUAAGAUAGAGUGAAGUGAGUUUAAUUUCAUUUCUCAGAGAAUCCUUGCCAAUGCCACUAAGAUGUGCAAUGAGAUUUCAGUAGUCCACGUGCUUCAUGUAUUUGUUUUUAAAGAUGUGAUACAGGUUAAAUGAAACCACAUGUAGGGCCAGCUGCUUUGCUCAGAGUUUUCUGCAUGUUUUCUUUUUGAAAUCAAACAGAAUGAUUCUUUGAUUCCCGUCAUUCCAGUAUUUCUUGAGACUCCACGGGCUAGAUUUUGAUCUUAAUCACAUUCUUUCAAAUCAGGGGUGCCUCCAGUGAUUUUAAUCGCGUCUAGUUUAUUCUGGUGCAAUUGAGCUCAGAAUUUGACUUUCACAGAAACAUAGCAAGUAUUGUAAUUAGAACAUGCCAGUGUUUUGACAACUGUUCAUGGAACAGCUCUGUUUCAUCAGUCUCUGCUGAAAGGGAAAUGCAAUGUGAUAAUGGGCAUUGGGAAUAGCACAGGGCACCUCUUGCAGUGAUGGCAAUAAAGGUCUCUGUGAGAAGCCACAAUAUAAAUAGGCGAGAAAUUCUGUAAAUCAGCAUUUCCCAGGGUUUCCCUCAAGCUCUCAGAAAAGCUCUGAGUAAACUGUGGGCAUGUGUGGGUUUUCUUAGUUUUUUGGUUGCUUGUGUUUUACAGUUUGCUGUUUAGUUUUGUUUGGGGUUUUUUGGCUUUUUUUGAGAGAGGUAUAAUGAGACAAAAAUAUCUCCAUGGGUCUUUCUUCUGAAUCAUUGUCAAAAUUAGUGUUGGAAACCAAGGUGAUAAAAUAAACCUAGUAAUUUAAAAUAAUUUUCUUGCUUAGUGAUUUCUCUGGCUCAGGAUUUUCAGGUAGUCUGAAUAUAUAAAAAUCUCUUUAUUUCUGUGCAGAUAGGAUGAUCAUCAAACAUGAAGAUUAGAUCCUUCUCUUUUGUUAUCCAUUUCACCUUGUGAGAAACAAAAAAUUAGCCAAAACUAUACAUGGGGAAAAAAAUAAGUUUCUGAUGUAGACCACAGCAUUUUCAUAGAUUCCUGAGAAAUUUUCUCUCAGCUUCGCAAUGAAUUUCUGAUGUCUGUUUUAAACUCAUCUGUCUCAUGCUCAGUCAAUUAGAAAACAGAGCCAUCAUAUAUUGAAAAUUAUUCAUAACUUCCUUCACAAGUAAUGGCAACAAGCUUAUUCCGCUAUUAUUUCUGAAAUCCUUUAAAGCAAGCCAGUGACCAAUGAUUUAUUCAUGAAAAUAGUCACACAUUUCAAAAGUUUCAUGAAUGUUAGCAUGAAUAAUUAAGAGAAUUUGUGUUAUUUUUUCUCAUUGCUCAUUAUUUUCCUAUUCAAAAAGGCAUCAGUCAUCCACUUACAGAGCAUUAGAACAUAAUGAUUACAGCAUUGGAUCAGACAGGUGUUUUGUCUCAUCCUGUAGAGUGUUUUGAUCAAUGUUGGUUACCAAAAAGGCAGAUGAAGUGAAUGAUGCCCUAGAUAUCUACAUUGCCCUUAGGUAAAAGGUUUUUCUACACAUCGGCUUGGGUUUGCUCUCUAUCCAGAGAUCUUUUCCAAAUGACAAAAAAAUCUACUCCCCUCCCUCCCCAGAUGGAAACCUCUAGAGAUUUUAGACAAGCUGCAGAUGUAUUCACUGGCCAGAUAAGCAACUAAUCCAGUUUUGCCUCCCAGUGAGUUCAGUACCUUAGUGAUAGCAUGUAGCACGGAAUUCUGUAGGUCAAUGAAAUAUUUUCUUUGGAAAAUCAUAUUCCAGACAACCUUUGAUCUAUUUAAAUUAGAUGUCUUUCAGUGUUAUUGAUACCUUUCUGUUAUAUUAAAUGGAAAAACCAACUGGAACAGCCAGUUCAUUGUAUAGGUGCCACUCAUUUAAUCCCCCAUGAGAGAAGAAAAGAAAAAUAAAGUAAUUUCCAUUUUAACACCUCUUACUCCUCCCAUGCUAUUGAAAGUUUUGGUUUGUCUGUUUGGUUUGGGCUUUUUUUUUCAGAUGGCUGCUGUAAUAAUGCAGAAUAGGGUUGUUCACUGCAAUGUCAUAAUGAGUGGCCACAGCUGGCUUAGAAUCCAGAAAGCCUUCCAAAUAUUUCACUCUACCUGUGACUGUUCUGCUCAGCCAAUGUUAAUUUCCAUUAGCUACCUGAAUGUUAGGUUCUCCCAAUUUAACUAAUAUACUACAAAAUACUUCAAUCCUUAUUCUCUUUUUCUAAGAGCAAUAAUUUCAGUAAAGAAGUUCUAAGUUCUUGGACAGCCCAACUGUUAAUAUUUUGCUGUGAAAAAGAAAGGAUCAUUCUUGUGUAGCUUCUGUUUUCUCUUUCUUAUCCAGCUUCCAGCUUGUAAUAAUAAUAAUAACUUACCUAUUCUAUCACAACUUAAAUUUGUCAAAGAAUUUAAUACAAUAUAUAAAUACCUAUAUAUGUAGAUUUGUCAAGUGAUUUUCUUGGUCUUUUAGCUUGAUGCUAAAAGAAAGAACAUAUAUUGGACAAUUUUUUUUUUGAAAAGCUAUGAUUUUUUAUCCUCUCCUAUAUGUAAAUCUAGUCUUUGUUAGUUCCAGUCAAUUAAGGUGGAAGUAGAAUGAGGCUUUUCAGUACAUAAUACCUAGGAUUAAUCCUGUGCCUGUCCUAAAGAUAGGUAUGCUUGUUGCUACCAUCCUGUCCUUCUGCAGUGUAUCUGACUCCAGUGACAACUUGCAUAUUUUUGCUAUCAGCACAGCCACUUCAAUUUCAAAUGCUUUCCAAACCCUUAACAUAUAUAGCCAUGAAGUCCUUUUGAUAUGCUGCUGUUUAGUUUAUCAAUUUGUUCCAAUGUUUUCCCUUUCAGAGUUUCACGUUCUGACAGCUCAUGUGCUUUCUUGUCUUGAAAAAACAUUAAGUCUAACAUGGAUAUCAGCGCAGCAUCAUUUGCAGAGAAGAUUUGACCAAAAAAAUAAUUUAGUACCUCUGCAAAGUCCUUUUCCUCAUUAAUUAUUCCAAAUAGUCCCUUGAUGUGCAGCAGAUACCACUCGUUCCCUCCUGAACUGGCUGAAUUUAAGACCUUUGAGAAAUGUCCCGCAGUUCCCCUCUCUGCACACACCCUCACCAGCUCUUGUCAGUUUGUGCAUCCUCAGUCCUCUUCAUUUACCACUGACAUUUUGUUUGUGUUUUAUUUUAACUCCCUCCCUUAGCCAUGGGCUUCACCAGAGAUGAAGUGUCAUUUCCACAAGCGUGGUUGCUUGGCUCAAGCAACUUCUUGGACCUUCACAUUUCACAAUAACUUUUUUUUUUCCUGUCUUACCUUCCAGUUUGCUUUCCACAUGACCUCACAGAAUCAGAAACUGUCUGUUGAAAUACCAGUUGUUUUGAAUCCAUGGAUUUUACUUUCUCUUUCAUUCUUUGGGGUUUUUUAAUUUUUCAUUUCAUUUAUUUCUGCCUUCAGUAAUUUUUAAGCACUUCACUAAUUAUAAGCAGUUUGUCUUGCACUCUUAAUGCAGUAAUAAAUUUAUUAUUUUUCAGUGUUUUGACUUAUCAUGUCUUCAGCUAUUUAGUUAAGAGCACCUGCUCUUAUGUUCUCCACUUCUAAAAAUCCCUUAGGAAUUGAUGGGGUUUUUUAACCUGUUUGUACCAGUUGAUUUACCAACACACAGCUGGGUGAACUCACUGAAGGUUACAAUUUUAUUAGACUUCCAUGCCUCUUUGAUCUCUCGCCAUAAUAACCCUUUGAAUACCCCAGACAUUUCCUGGAAUAAGGGUGCUAGUGCUUUGUGCAAGCAUCAGGGUUGAAGUAGAGAGGAUAUUUUUUCACUUAGCACACUGGACUGAGACCAAGUUGAUCACAGAUAAGCUCCUGACCAUGCCACCCACCUGCUGCAUGAUUUUUGACACAUUCCUAUGGCCUGACACAAAGCCUGCUGAGGUCAGAGACCAACUCUUGUUACCUUGGGUAGGAUUUGGCUUGGCAUCCUGAAGCAGGGACAGUAAUUCUUCCUGGUCCCAUGACAGGGUUGUAGACAUUUGCUUCCCGCAGAUUGUCAGAUAGUGAAGCUCAGCUGUGGUGCUGCCAAAUGAAAAAAAAAAGAACAGGCAGACUCCAUACACAGGGUUUUUCUUUGCACUGGAGUGAUGGAAAAUUGAGCCUUUAGGAGAUGCUUACUGAGAAAGUUUCUGUUCAGGAAAGGAGGAUAAGCUAAAAUGUUCAGUGUCCCUCAAACAAAAAGCUACUGAAGCUGCAACUGCUCCAGACUAUGGUGAGAAGUAAAAGAGAGAUGUUGUCUCUGCUGUUGCUUUUCCAUGCUCAAACUGAUCCCUGAUCCAUUACUGGCCUCUUUCACCCCCACUAAUUUCACUUUUCUAGCAGUGUAUAUUCAGUGAUGAAAGCUGUCAGAGCAGAGUGACAUGGAAGGAGAGGCCAUCCCCAAAGAAAGUGCUAUAUUUAACCUGGCAAUGUCAUGCCUUCUCAGUAUGACCUUGAGCCCUAGCACUGAGAAUUUAAACAGGGAAGCUUGGUUGUGAAGUUUCUUCCUUUAGCCAAACAUGGAAGUCUCUUAAAUAUGAGGAAAAGUGGGGAAGAAGGAAGGUAAAAUAAAUUACCCUUCUGCUUUUGACAUUUGUGAUAACCAGCACACUUAACUGCCACUAGAAGGAAAGAAUACAUGAAGGACUCACUGUUAAAUUCUCAUUAAAAAUGUCUGUUUGAUGUCUGCUACUCAUUUUCACAAUCUGAUCCACUGAGAGUCAAUGUAGGGAUUUUUACUGAAAGGUUUUGACAUCAGAAGCAGUUUCCUGCAAGAAAUAUCCUACUGUUAUUAAUUAUUUUGCUCUGUGCUUCAGUAAAGGGGAAAAAUCCCAAAGUACACAACUGGGGGAAAAAAAGUAAGGAAAGAAGAAAGAAAGAAGAUGAACAAAAGCAUUUGUUAUGUUUUGUCUGAAGAAAGCCUGUAACUAUCUCUCUCCCUUUCUUUAGCAAAGAGUGAGACUGUUUAUCUCCUUCUUUGAAGCACAGGGGAAUGCAAAAUAUCAGGUUUAAAAAAGCACAGGCUAAUUAGCUUGAUGAAGUGCCAAAAUCUUCGUAUGUGUUGCCUAAAAAAAGAACUGCAGGACUUAAGUUGUAACUGGGUAUCUUGUUAUCAGAAGCGAAAUGAAUAACUCAACGUACAUAAACUCUUCCUCUGAAAAUGUGAUGGCCUUGGAGAGCCGCUAUAAAACUGUCGAGGUCGUGUUCAUCGUCCUGGUGGCAGGGUCUCUCAGCCUAGUCACCAUAAUUGGGAACAUCCUGGUCAUGGUGUCAAUCAAAGUCAACAGGCACCUCCAGACUGUCAACAAUUAUUUCCUGUUCAGCCUAGCCUGCGCUGACUUGAUCAUCGGCAUCUUUUCCAUGAACCUGUACACCCUCUACACUGUGAUAGGCUACUGGCCCUUGGGGCCCGUGGUGUGUGACCUCUGGCUGGCUCUCGACUACGUGGUCAGCAAUGCCUCUGUAAUGAACCUGCUCAUUAUCAGCUUUGACAGGUACUUUUGUGUCACCAAGCCCCUGACAUAUCCUGUGAAGCGGACCACGAAGAUGGCCGGCAUGAUGAUCGCAGCCGCCUGGGUGCUGUCCUUCAUCCUCUGGGCCCCUGCAAUUCUCUUCUGGCAAUUCAUUGUGGGAGGAAGGACUGUCCCAGAUGGGGACUGCUACAUCCAGUUUUUUUCCAACCCUGCUGUCACUUUUGGCACUGCCAUUGCAGCCUUCUAUUUGCCUGUUAUCAUCAUGACUGUCCUUUACUGGCAAAUCUCUCGAGCCAGUAAGAGUCGGAUAAAGAAAGGAAAAAAGGAAGCUGCCCAAAACCAAGAAACAGUUUCCCCCAGCCUUGUCCAAGGCAAAAUAGUGAAACCAAACAAUAACAAUAUCCCGACCAGCGGGGAUGGAUUGGAGCACAGCAAAAUUCAGAAUGGAAAAACCAGUGAAGAGACUGUGACCAAUAACUGUGUUCAAGGGGAGAAGGAGAGCUCCAACGACUCCACUUCCAUCAGUGUGGUCGCUUCCAACUUGAAAGAGGAUGAAGCUACCAAAGAUGCCAGACAGGCUUCUGCCUCCGAAGACCAUGUUAAAGCAGAGAACUCCAAGCUGACAUGCAUCAGGAUAGUCACCAAGUCCCAAAAGGGGGACUGCUGUGCCCCUACCAACACUACUGUGGAGAUUGUAGGCACAAACGGGGAGGAGAAGCAGAACAGUGUAGCCCGGAAAAUCGUCAAGAUGACAAAGCAGCCAGCCAAAAAGAAACCACCCCCUUCUAGAGAGAAAAAGGUGACAAGGACGAUUUUGGCCAUCCUCCUGGCCUUCAUCAUCACUUGGACCCCAUACAAUGUGAUGGUGCUCAUCAACAGCUUCUGCACAUCCUGCAUCCCCGCCACCGUAUGGACCCUGGGUUACUGGCUCUGUUACAUCAACAGCACCGUCAACCCCGCCUGCUACGCGCUCUGCAACGCCACCUUCAAGAAGACCUUUAAGGACCUUCUUAUGUGUCAUUACAAGAAUAUAGGAGCUACAAGACACAGUUCAGAGUGGAAAGGGCUGAAAAGUGAAAGUCCAUGGUGUUUGCAAAGAAUUGUGAAGCCACAGCAAGAAAUGAAGAUGAGGCAUGUCACGCUUCAUCUGCCAAAAGUAGGACACCUUCCUAGGGGCAAUGUAGAAACAGAAUUUUUCCCUUAUUUAAGGAACCUUAUUUAAAUGGGUUGAAGGCCUCUUUGGAUACAGUUUUUUCUGCCUAUACUGAUGAUGGGGAGAGCCAGGGUGACAACUCUCUUUUCGACAGCUACAGUCAGACAAGAUGCUUCUCAGUCCACGUAAGCACAACUCCAGGGUUUCAUAGGUUUUGUAGAUGCAGCUGCAACAAUAAUUAUAAUAACUGGUGUUAUGCUGGGAAAAAAUGAGACAGGGGAGGAAAGAAGAGAAACCCAUUAUGCAAAGGUGCAAACUAUAUGGGGAGAAAAUAAAACUGAUUGGUUCUUUUGCCUUUGCUCUGUAUUCAGGAGUGUCUUUUGUUCUGGAAGAGCAUUUGGUCC